CAGAGAAACCAUGUCCUGAUUGAAAUGGGUACAUUCUUCGGACACAUAGCGCAUGGGCUACCAAUGCUAGCAAUCGGCCUCUGGCACAUCUUCAACACAACAAAAAACUAUGUCCACUUCCCCACAAAAUUCCACAGCAGGCCAUGGUUCCCAGUCCAAUCCAAACACAUGAGCAAAUACACAGAGCUCUACACAAUGAUGGCAUUCACGCUAAUAUCCAUAACAACAGAACUUUUCCUAAGCCCGGCUCGGCACAGGCCAUGGGGACCAGGCGGCUCAAUUCCACUAUCUCACAUGAACAGAAUGGAGCACGCCACAAUUGCGCUAUCGUUUUUUGUGUACGCAGUGGUGGCGUUAGCAGUGGACAAGCUGGAAAUCUCCGCUCCUGCGGGACUGGUUCAGGCGGUGGCGGCGGUGGGAUUUGCGCAGGAACUUCUGCUAUUCCAUUUUCAUUCGAGCUCGGCCGUCGGGCUGGAAAAACACUACCAUUGGCUUUUUCAGGCAGUGGUGGGUGCUUGCCUGGGCAGUACUCUGGCGGAGGCGGCAUGGCCGGAAAAAGCUCUGGCGGCGCUUCUGCGGGCGGCGGCGGUGACUAUGCAGGGAGUUUGGCUUCUUCAUAUGGCAUUUGUUCUUUGGAUUCCGGCAGCUAUUCCAAGUGGUUGUGAGCUUCAGAGCUCUAAGAAUGUUUUCGUUGCUAAGUGUUCUACCAGGGAAGCUACUGAAAGGGCUAUCGCCAUGGCUAAUUUGUAUUUCACUUGGGAUCUGCUAUUGGUCGUUCUCGUCACUAUUGUCGUCCUGUUCUAUAACUCUCAUACUGUUUGUAGUGUUGAUAAUGUUUGUAAUCCUAGGAACAAGAUUGAAGGUUACCAAGCUCUGGAUUUUAAGGAAUAUGAUAUGGAGAGUCUGCAGAGAUACUGCAGAUCGUGCAGAGAGACGGCGCAGAGUGAGUCAGAUCAUGAUGAUGUUCAUCAGUGAAUUGUUGGUAGUAACUCAACCUUCUCACUCUACAGCAAAGCGGAUUGGGUAAUUCAUGUUUGACUCAUUUCGAAAUCGAAUAUAAGGUUCGAUCCAAAGUGGAAAUCAGAUGAAAAUUUGCGUAGUUGCACUUGGAAUUUGUUUGUUUAUUCUACCACACACAUUAAACAACAUAUUAAGUUUAGAGAAUGGUGUUUAACACUUUUAAGUCUAGAAAUGUAUUCUUAGUGUGACCACACACAUUAAGCAAUAUAUUAAGUCAACUUUGAGCAUUUACCACUUUUAAGCCUAUAAGUGUAAGCUUAAUGUGUGUGGUUUAAGCCACGAAAGAAAUUAGUUGACAAGUUUUAUGUAGCAAUGCCAUAUAAGUUGCUUUGUUUAACA